AUGGGAUCAAAUGAACCAACCAACAAGAAGAAUGGGGAAAAUGAAGAAGUCACAAUAACAACGAAAAAAGAUGAAAAGAAGGAAAAUGAUUCAGACAAUAAGAAGGACAAAGAGAAGCGUCGAGAUUCCGUAACAGGUUCACCUUUGGAUACAAGUUCAUCAUCAAACAGUUCUAUAGAUUCGGAUGAAGUUGAUGCAACGGAACAUAAUUCAAAAAGUACGAUGACUUCCGAAGCAUCAAAACUGCAAAUGGAUAGUCAUGAAGUCAACGAUGCUGUCAGUUCAAUGAUAAAGAGAAUCUCUAUAAUUUCAAAUACGGAAUCAAAUGAAGUAUCUAAAUCAAUUAUAAACAACGACAAAAAGGAUAAGCAAAGAAUGAAUAUGGAUAAUAGCGCUGAUGAACAGAAUGUAGGCUCAGAAAGUAAUGCAAAGAAGUCGAGGAAGCGCAAUCGGAAGCAAGGUAGAAAAAGCAAGCCACACAUUCUAUCUGAUCAAAAUAAAACGUUUUUCAAUAAAGGAAAUCGCACAAUCGAUGAAGACGUAAAAGAAAAUACACUAGAGAUACUGAAAGAUAGCGUUACGGACACUUCUCCGAAAUUAGGAACUUGGGUGGUAGGAAAAGAAGUUACGAGCAUCGAUGGAAUGGAAACGUCGAAUUUGUUGUAUAUGAUUGAUGCCAGCAAUAAGUUUUCACAGCGUUUCACUUAUUGGAUACGGAAAUUUUAUAUCGCGGCUAUUGAUGGUAACGUGGAGGAAUUCAUGAUUAAGUUCACUUGCAUUAUACAAAUUAUAAAAAAGAAAGCUGGUAGUGAACAUUAUAAACGUAUGAAUGGACAUCAGUUAAAGGAGCAUGCGAUGAACAAUGUUAUGUAUGCGUUCUUCGAUAAAUCAGAGAAUACAUCUAUUUUACAUCACCUUGCACCAACCAAAAAUGCUGAUCGUCCUUGUAGCAUGAGAAACCAUGGUUAUUGCAGACUGAUUAAAAUAAUUUUGAGUAUGUUACCCUGGAAAAAUCGAAGAAUUUUACUUGCUACAUCUACAAAAAGAACAGGAAAAACUGCUCUGCAUUUGGCAGCUGCUACAGGGCAGUCUUGUCAAAUGCAAGCUUUGAUGGAUUUUGGAGCUUGGCCAGAUUUUUUUGAUCAUUCUGGACGUACACCAAUACAUUAUGCGAUUAUGAGGAAUAAUUUAGAAAUGGUGAAAUUGCUUUUGUGGUACGGAGCGGACAUAUCAUUGAGAGAGCGUUCAGCGACGCCACUCCAACUUGCAGGCUGUUCACCAACAACUACAUCUAUAUGUGAAUAUCUGCACGCACGAGUGACUGCAUUGGAAAAAAUAUUUAUGCAAUGGGUAAGGAAAUAUGUGAGGGGUGUUUGGACACCGGAAUAUGCUAUUUCCGAUUUGCACUUUUCAAGGUUAUCAAAAGCAUGCGAUUCAAGAAGAGAUGCACCUCGGAAUUUCAUAACCAAAAAUCGUAAAAUCCAUAUAAAUAUUUCGAGAACACGCACUGCCAAUCCACAGCUGAAGAAAUGUCCACUAAUGUUACUGUUCAUUGUACCAACAUUCUACAAGGGGGAAGACAGAUUGGCGGAUGCUUCCAAUCCGCAGAUAUUCUGUGCUAAACUACAAAACGUAAAUGGAGUUAUUGUUAAAUUACUUCCAUCUAGACCACUGCUAAGUUGUUCAAAAUGGAGGACUGACAUUAGAUCAGCUCUCGAAAAACCUCAUAAUGGGUAUUUUUACGUCUAUAAACUUCCAGAAAAUAUUGAAGUCGAUUCAUAUACGCUUCAUUUGAUGGUUGAAUUAGAGGAGUUGCGUUUUCAAGCUCCCCACAUAACGCUUGCAAUACAGGCUUUUGCAUGUGGUCCACCAGACUUAGAGCAUUAUAAUGAAUUGCGAGUUCACAAAGUUGGUGGCAAAGUGAAGAAGAAAGCUAUUAAGAAGAGAAGUGGUAUUAAUGCAAAGGCUUUCACAUUUCAGUCUGCUGUUAAAGCAAGUCGUGCCAUUCGCAGAGCAGCAGAUAAGGAUGAAAAGAAGAAACACAUACCUGUAGUCGAUCGCACUCCUGUCGAUCCACCUCCAGUUAUUGUUGCUAUCGUUGGUCCUUCAAAAGUUGGGAAAAGUACGUUGUUGCGAUGUCUAGUAAAGCAUUAUGUACGACAUAAUUUAACUGAAAUUCGCGGACCAAUCACUAUUGUUACUGGCAAAACUCGGAGAGUAACAUUCGUUGAAAUUAAUAAUGAUUUAAACUCCAUGAUCGAUAUUGCAAAAGUUGUUGAUUUGGUUUUAUUAAUGGUGGAUGCUUCUUACGGAUUUGAGAUGGAAACAUUCGAAUUUUUAAAUAUAUGUCAAGUGCAUGGGAUGCCUCGAAUCAUGGGUGUUCUUAGUCAUCUUGAUGUAAUUAAGAAGAAGGAGAAGUUGAAACAUACGAAGAAAUUACUGAAACAUCGUUUUUGGACAGAAGUUUAUCAGGUUAUUAUUUUGAAAGCUUGUUAUUACUUGGAGAUUUAUUUUGAAUAUGUUGAAACUCUUGAGACGAGUAUUGAAUUAAGUGGAUUUUGUAAUCGUUUUUGCCCAUUGCUACGUAUUCUUAUUUUAUCAUCAGAAUAUUCACAGGGUGCAAAACUAUUUUACUUGUCGGGAAUGAUCAAUGAGCAAUAUUUAAAAAAUGAAAUUCGAAAUCUCGCACGUUUUAUAUCGGUCACGAAGUUUCGUCCUCUAGUUUGGAGAACAAGCCAUCCAUAUGUUUAUUGUGAUCGUUACGAAGAUUUAACUGAUCCACAGCUACUUCGCGAAAAACCAUUAGCGAACCGCACGAUUUCAUUAUAUGGUUGGGUGCGUGGGACGUUUCUCAAAAAUCAUGCUGCUGUGCAUAUCCCUGGGAUAGGCGAUUUAAUGAUCAAAGAUGUGACGGCUUUACUUGAUCCAUGUCCGUUGCCAUCAAAAGAAAAGAUGAAACGCUCGUUGAAUGAAAAAGAGCGUGUUAUUUAUGCUCCGUUUUCUGGUCUUGGUGGUGUCGUUUACGAUAAAGAUGCUAUUUAUUUGGAAACAGGUGGCUCACAUUCAUAUAAGAAAGCUCGGCACGAACUCGUUGAAGUAUUGGAAAAUGUUAAGGAGGGUAUCGAUGAUAAAAUGCACAAAACAGCAUUGAAAGUGGUUGAGAAUUCCCAAAUUGCCAUACCUCAUAAUGAGAGUGAAAGCGAAAUGGAUUAUGAUGAUUCUAAUACGAAAGACGAAGUGGAAAGCAAUGGUGAAGAAUCAAGUUAUUCUGUGGAUUUAGACGUUGAAAAUGAUGCGUCCGAUGAUGGAAGGAAUGAAACAAAUGCUAAAGAAAAGACAGUUAAGCGUUGGUCUGAACUUUGUACACGAGCAAAAUUAUUGUACAGCGACAAAAAAUCAACGAGGCUGAAUUGGGCCAAAGUCGUAUAUUCUGAUUCAGAUCUGGAUGACCAGAAUGAAGAAGAGCAAAAUCAAAUACUUGGCGGCCUUUUCAAAGUUUCAACUCGAACUAAAAAAACUAUUGAUAACUUGGAGGAUGGCCUUCUUUAUUAUAAACCAUCAACAGUUAUAUCUGAAGAGCUUUUAAAACAGCGAGAUUGGAACGAUUUGGAGGUUCGUGCAUCGAUUGCGGACUGCUUUGUUACGGGAAACUGGAAUUCUGAUGAAGAUGCUGCUAAGCAGUUAGAAGGUGAUGGUGAAGACAAAACUGACCAUAGUGAUAAAACUGAAGAAAAGACAGAUGCUAUAACAGUAGCGAGGACGAGUGAGGAGGAGGCAUCUAAAAGAAGAAGAAUUGAUAAAGAAAAAUUGAAAAUGCGUUUCAACGCUGAAUAUGAUGAGACCAAUAAACAUUACGUGCAACUGAAAGAGGAACUUGAAGAGCAGUCGAAACUUAAUAAAUCAGUCUUCGAAGAAUUGGAUGAAGCGACUCGACAACAGUUAGAAGGUUUCCGACCAGGGCUUUAUGUUCGAGUAGAGUUAGAGGAUGUACCUGUGGAAUUUUUACAGCAUUUCGAUCCAACCAGACCCUGUAUUAUAGGUGGCCUUCUGACUGGUGAACAGAAUAUCGGUUCUGUACAAGUACGGGUGAAGAAACACCGAUGGUAUGAGCGGUUAUUGAAGUCACGAGAUCCUUUGAUCAUAUCAUGUGGUUGGAGGCGAUUUCAAACUGUUGUCAUAUAUUCAAUGCAGGAUCAUAACAUGAGGCAGCGUUUCUUAAAAUAUACACCAGAGCAUAUGUUUUGUCAAGCAGUCUUCUGGGGGCCAAUAACAGCGCAGAACACGGGAUUCCUUGCAGUACAAUCGCUAAAUAGAGAUAUGAAAGGCUUUAGGAUUGCCGCAACAGGUGUUGUAUUGAAUCUGGAUAAAGCCUUCCAAGUUGUGAAAAAACUAAAACUAAUUGGUUAUCCUUACCGAAUAUUCAAGAAAUCGGCUUUCAUUAAGGGAAUGUUCAACACUGUCUUAGAAGUAGCAAAAUUCGAAGGUGGUGUUAUACGCACAGUUAGUGGUAUUCGUGGUCAAAUCAAAAAAGCGUUACACGAGUCUGCGGGUGCGUUUCGAGCAACUUUCGAAGACAAAAUUCUUAUGAGUGAUAUCGUUUUCCUUCGUGCCUGGGUAUCUGUGCCUGUCCCUCAUUUCUAUACUCCUGUAAUAAACCUGCUAUUAUCAUUAAACCAAGAAUGGGAGGGCAUGCGAACAGUAGGUCGUUUACGUUUUGAAAUGGGUUUGAAACCACCGAUGAAGAUGGAUUCAGUUUACAAACAAGUUGAAAGACGACCGUUUGAGCCUGCACCGUUAUUUAUUCCAAAAACACUCCAGAAAGAACUACCAUAUCGACUAAAACCAAAAGUUGUGAAAGAAAUAAAAAAGAAUGGUGACAGACUUGUAGAAAAGCAUAGUUCAAUUAUACUAGAACCACAUGAAAGCAAGAUAAAUCGGUUCAUGGAAAUACUUGGUACGGUACAUGCUGAAAAAGUGAAGACGGAGAGAACAGCAAUGGAACAGCGUG